AUGAGUACAAAUACUGCUGCCAUUGCUACUGGCUCAACAGAUAAGAAUUUGACCACUAUAGCUAAUGUAGCCAUCCCAAUUGUUCCAAAAGAUGGCCUUCUUGUAAAAGGUGUUGCAUACGCAACAAAUCCAACUGAUUGGAAGCAUUUGGUUUACAAGAUGGGAGGAAAAGGAGUCAGAUUGGGUUCCGAUGCCGCUGGUAUAGUCGAAGAAGUUGGUUCCAAUGUCCAAGAUUUUAAAAAGGGGGAUUAUGUUUCAACUUUCAUGCGUGGCAAUAUCAAUGACAAUAACGGUGCAUUCCUGGAUUACUUCAUAGCUGAACCAAACACUACUAUCAAGUACAACAAGCAAUCCUUCAACAACGAGGCUCUCAAAGUUGGAAAAUCUCCUUCCGAUAAACUUAACACAUUUGAAGGUGCUGCCUCUGUUACUCUUGGCCUUGCAACAAUCGGUGUUUCAUUAGGUCAUCACCUUGCUAUUCCUACUGACAAGUCUGUCAAUGCCGGAAAAUUUAUCUUGAUCUGGGGUGGUGCCACAGCAACAGGUUUCCUUGCGAUUCAAGUAGCUAAGCUUGUUUACGGAUUGAAGGUUAUUACAACUGCUUCCAAGAAACAUAAUGAGUCUUUGAGUCUGAUCGGAGCUGAUUACGUUUUUGAUUAUAACGAUGCUGAAGUUGUUAAUCAAAUUAAGAAAGUUGGUGGUUCUAACAUUAAAUAUGGAUUAGAUUGUGUUUCUAACCAAGAAACAUUCCAAGCAUUAUACGACGCUACGUCAGAGACUUCCGAGGUUAACCUUGACAACUUAUUGUGCUUGGGUGCAAAAGAUAUUAAAACUGACCCUAGCAGAAAGGUUAAGUAUGGUGAUACAAUGGUUUACGUUGUUGAUGGAAAUGACACCCAAUUUGCCGGCAUUCCAGUUAAAUCAUCUCCAGAGUUAGUCCUGGACUACAGGAAGUUCUGGAAGAACUUAUUACCUCCUGUUAUGGACCAAAUCGUGAGUACAAAAUUGAGAGUGUUGAAGCCUGGAUUUGAGUCUGUCGAGGAAGCAUUCUCUUUGUUAAGAGAGAAUAAGGUUUCCUGUGAAAAGAUUGUUUUUAGAAGUUAG